CCCCUCUUCUAUUGACAAGCUUUAAUUCACUAUAACGAGUUUGAGAUCUGAUCAUGCAUUUAAAGAGCCUGCCUUUCGAGCUGAUUUCACACUGAAAUCUCUUUUUCUGCUAUGAACUACAUGGCCAUUCCUGCCUCCUCCACUCUGUUCCUGUACUCUUACUUGAGUACCAAACUAGCAGCAUAACAGACACCUCAUGUUUCAUGUUUCAUCAUCCUUCAACUUCUCUCGUUAUAAAAUGAUCAGAAUAUCGUGUCUCGUGUUUCUUCUGCUCGUGUUCUUGUGUCCUUCGUUCCUGACAAAUACAGGCCAUCUGGUGGCUGCAAAAGGGAACGACUAUGUCAGAGACGCGUGCUCGGUGACUAGGUACCCAGACUUGUGUAUCCACUCGCUCGCAUCAUUUUCCAGCACGGCCAGAAGGAGCCCGAGCAGGUGGGCCCGAGCAGGAGUGUCGGUGACCAUAAGUGAGGUUAAGAAUGUUCAGUCUCGUCUCGCCAAGUUGAAGAGAUACCGUCGUCUGAGAGGAAGAAACAGAGAUGCUCUUUUAGAUUGCAUCGAGUCUUUCGCAGAUGCGCUUGAUGAGCUUCACAGAUCCCUUGGCGUGCUCAGGAGGCUGAGCAGGAGCACCUUUGGUAACCAGAUGGAUGAUCUCAAUACAUGGAUAAGUGCAGCUCUCACUGAUGAAGAUACUUGUCUUGAUGGGUUUGAAGGCCAAAAGGAGAGGCAAAUUAAAUUGCUGCAGGAUCAGGUUCUGAACGUCUCUUACAUAACCAGUAACGCUCUUGCUCUUGUCAACAAGCUCGCCACUACAGGUCUGGACAGCAUCAAUGAUCCAUACAAGUUCUGAGAGGGAAGACGUAGAUGUAUAAUAUUAGCUGGUGUAGUGAACUAUUAAUUUCAUUUCUUCGUACUCGUUGCUUUUAGGACGCUGUCCCUGUGAAGAAAUAACGAUAGCUGAGUCCUAUAUCCUAUGUCUCUGCAUAGUCUGUUUAGUGCUGCACUAUAGCUGUGGACUCCUCUUCCUUUCUGGUGUGAUCAUGUAAUUCUAAGAACCUGUCUUCCAAUUUUCUCUCA